UACUUUUCCUGAACAGAAGCGCACAGAGCUGGACAUUCAGUCUCAGUGUCUCUAGGAUUUGGUUUUAUAACCCCUAUUACUGAUUAUUCUGCUGAUGAUAAGAUCAAGCCCCGUGUCUGUGUCGAUUCUGCGCCUGUUCUCUUCCGCCCUCAGUCCGUGCGCUCUCAUCGCCCUUUCACUUUCUCUCUCACUCACAUCCGGGCACCGCCGCUCUCACCCGACUCCUCAAUCUUCUCUGAGCCCGUCACUCACUGAGUCUGGUAUCUAUGGGCCGAGGGACAAGGACUCGUGGGCCAGUUCCAAGCUCUGAAGGAUGGAUAGCAACAGUAACCAUGGACCCAACAGACGUCACUUCACUCUUGGAGAGAGAUUGAUCUCCUUCCUCUCAGUGAUGGUGUUGCUGUUUCUCUUCCCUUUUAGUAUCCUGGGAGCUUUAAUCUACUUCGCUGCAAGUUGGAUGUGUGGUCAUUCAGUGGCCACGCCCUGUCUGUCUGUGAGACUUUUCUCUCGUUCAGCUCAGAGUAAUUAUGAUUGGUUUAUGGAGCAACUCAGAGGAGAUACCUUCAAAGACCUUGUGAAAGAGACCAAGCCCUUUUAUAUAUCAAAUAGCAAUCGUUAUGAGUUCAUGGAGGAGAUCCACAAGUGCAAUUUUGCUGUGCUUUAUCACACAAAACAUGAAGGCAGGAUAAAUAUCACAAAUGUCACCGACUCGCUUUAUGAUGAAGAACUUAAGGAGCUUUUUGAUGCUUUAGGGAAGAAGAAUGUCAUAGUGCUGAUUGAUGAUCUUGACAGCAGUGGGUAUGGAGAAAAGUUCCAAAUCCUGGAGACGCAGCCUGAUAUGAAGAAUCUGGCUGAGGACGUGUUCCUCUUCAGUGAGGCUGAGAAGAAAGACCCCAAGUUGGUGGAAGACAAGCUACAGCACAUCAAGUUUAUCAUGUCAUCAGGGUCUGGAGAAAUGACUAGCCCUGUGCGCAUGGAGAAACUGUGUACUUUCUUGUUCUCCAUGGCUUCCUGGCUGUUUAACAGUAUAACAUAUAUUAUGAGCGUAUCUACCUGGCAACGCAACCUCAGAGCAGGUUUGUGUCAGUGUUGCAGAAGGACGGAGGCCCCAUAUGAGGCAGGUUUGUGUCAGCGUUUCAGAAGGACGGAGUGGGAGGCCCCAUAUGAGCCACUGCUCAUUUAACCCCAGGCACCUUCAGGUCUGCCCAGAAAUGUAAGUCUACCUACCUAAGGUAUAUGGAAUCUGUUUAGUGUGGAGCUACAGCAGAGAAGGACAAGGGCAGAGAAUCUGAAGUGGAAAAGACACUGUGGAUUUUAAAUUUCCUUUUUAUUGCACUCUUGUGUCUAUUGUCAUAAUUUGGACUUUUUUUUUAAAUAAGGCAGUGUCCAAAACAAGAAAAAAAAAUUCAUAAUGUAGUCAUGUCAGAUAUUUAUGUAAACCUGUCCGUAUUCAAACCUCUUAUCCUCUUGGAUUACAGACAAUUUGAGGUCAAAAGCAAAUAUUUGGUAUUGGAUAAACAAUAUUGUUAAUGCUUUGUGUGCGGCAGAAUACAUUUUGCAUCAACAUUUAUUUGAAAAAUAAAGGAUUCUUUCAUAUGUUUUA